GGGGAUGGUGCCGAACCCUGCUGUACUCUUCCACCACAACUUUCUCUCACUCUUGUUGUGCCUGCAAUUCAAAGGGUCAGCCUUGUCACACUGAAUCUCCCCGAGAACUACGUUAAGGGUACACGUGUCUGUGGAGUGCUCAGCCACUUGCACGUUAAUUUCACGAGCAGGCUGUUCCGUUGAUCGGAUCAACUGGAACCCUCGACGUCGUAAGCGACCGAGUGCCAACAAACAACGAUGGAAGAGAAUUAGACUUUGCUGUAAUGUAUUUGAAGCGAGGAAAUACGCAUGCGCAUUGGUCAUACUUCCUACUUCGUGUUCAUAUCUGGUUAAUGUCCCUUUCAUUAAUUUCUCUUCCGCAGCUAAUAAUUCAUUUGUAAUACUUACAAUUUAUCUCUCAACUACCAGAUACACACACAUGUAACAACUCUAUCCUUUAUGAAACAUUUCCAACAUCAGACAACAUUGACGUAACAGAAGAAGCAACCUCAAUGUCUACCAUGUUUGAAAGACAACAGGAAAAUAUACAAAGCAGAUGUAUCAGAUUGCUUCUACUGGUCUGUGAUAGAAUUCUUGUGAAUCAUUUGCUCUGAAAUAAUAUUAUCAACCAAAUUUCUGAACAUUACUGACUGGAGUGUCAAGAAGAGUAGCUUCUGUGUUGAUUAAGUUUGCUAAACAAAGAUAACACUGGACAGAAAUACAACAGUAGAAGUGCAUGUAAGGAAUAAAGUAUAAAAACAAAAGCAAGAAAAAUAUAUAAACUGGGAUUUGAGAAGGAGAAUAAUGGAAGGGAGUGAGAAAACUGUACAAAGGAUUCCUCCUGAACAAUUGGUAAAAGAAAUAAGAUCAUACGAUUGUGAUAUCUGUACAAAGUCAUUCACUAAAAAGAGUAACCUACUUAGACACAAAUGUAUUCAUACAGGAGAGAAGUUAUAUCACUGUGAUAUCUGUGGUAAAUCAUUCUCUCAAAGUAUCCAGUUAGCUGAACACAAACGUAUUCAUACAGGAGAGAAACCAUAUCGUUGUGAUAUCUGUGGUAAAUCAUUCUCUAGAAGUAGUAUUGUUACUGCACACAAACGUACACAUACAGGAGAGAAACCAUAUCACUGUGAUAUCUGUGGUAAAUCAUUCUCUAAUAGUAGUCACUUAACUAAACACAGACUUAUUCAUACGGGAGAGAAACCAUAUCACUGUGAUAUCUGUGGUAAAUCAUUCUCUCAAAAUAGUAGUUUAACGAAACACAAAUAUAUUCAUACAGGAGAGAGACCACAUCACUGUGAUGUCUGUGGUAAAUCAUUCUCUAAUAGUAGUCACUUAACUAAACACAGACUUAUUCAUACGGGAGAGAAACCAUAUCACUGUGAUAUGUGUGGUAAAUCAUUCUCUCAAACUAGUAGCUUAACGAAACACAAACGUAUUCAUACAGGAGAGAAACCGUAUCACUGUGGUAUUUGCAAGAAAUUAUUCUCUGAUAAUAGUGUCUUAACUAUACACAAGCGCAUUCAUACAGGAGAGAAACCAUAUCAUUGUGAUAUUUGUGAUAAAUCAUUUUAUUACAGUAGUCAUCUAACUGCACAUGCACGGACUCAUACAGGAGAGAAGCCAUAUCGUUGUGAAAUCUGUGGUAAAUCAUUCUCUAACAGUAGUAACUUAACGGAACACAAACGUAUUCAUACAGGAGAGAAACCAUAUCAUUGUGAUAUCUGUGGAAAAUCAUUCUCUAAAAGCAGUGCAUUGACUAGACACAAACGUAUUCAUACAGGAGAGAAACCACAUAAGUGUGAUAUUUGUGGAAAAUCAUUCUCUAGAAGUGGUAAUUUAACUACACACAAAUAUAUUCAUACAGUAGAAAAACCAUAUCGCUGUGAUAUCUGUGGUAAAGCAUUCUCUCAAAAUGGUGCCUUAAAGAAACACAAAUGUAUUCAUACAGGAGAGAAACCCUAUCGCUGUGAUAUCUGUGGUAGAUCAUUCUCUCAAAAUGGUAACUUAAAGAAGCACAAAUAUAUUCAUACAGGAGAAAAACCAUAUCGAUGUGAUAUCUGUGGUCAAACAUUCUCUCAAAGUAAUUCGUUAAAGAAACACAAAUAUAUUCAUACAGGAGAAAAACCACAUAACUGUGAUAUUUGUGGAAAAUCAUUCUCUGUAAGUGGUAAUUUAACUACACACAAAUAUAUUCAUACAAGAGAAAAACGAUAUCAUUGUGAUAUCUGUGGUAUAUCAUUCUCUAACAGUAGUAACUUAGCUGAACACAAACGUAUUCGUACAGCAGAGAAACCAUAUGUUUGUGAUAUCUGAUAAAUCAUUCUCUCAAACUUUUGACUUAACAAGACACAAAUGUAUUCAUACAGGGAAGAAAGGAAAAGGGUAGUUCCUAUAGUUUUGUGUUUGCUGUAUAUUUUUAAUAUUCCUCUGUUUUAUGCAAUGGAAAUUAAAUUAUUUCCAAAUCUUUUA